AUGGAAGAUGAAAACGAAGUCGGACUACCCGCGAAGGGUAUCAGUAUGAUUAUCAAAGAAGUACUGCCGGAUAUGCGAAUCGCGAAUGAAUCUCGUGAACUGUUCGCUGCGUGUUGUGUGGAGUUCGUGAAAUAUGUGGCAAGAGGAGCUCAGCAUGUUAGCGGACACGAUCAACGGAAAACCAUCUAUCACGAACAUGUUCUGAAGGCGUUACAACUGCUGCAGUUCCCUCCAGAUUACGCCGAGGCUGCCGACAGUGUGCUCGGCGAGUGUAAGGUUGCGGCGGAGAAACGCCUGAAACGAAAGAAUUCAAGACUGGACAAAUGCGGUAUACCUGAGGAGGAGCUGUACCUCAUGCAGCAACAGUUGAUCCAACAGGCUCGAGAACAGGAUCCUGACCAGUUACGAGCACAAGCGGCUGCUGUACAGCCUUUACUUCCGGAACAACAAGUGUUCGCGGCGCAGCCAGCGCAGGAUGAUGAUGAGUAUGACAUAUGA